CCUCGGCAUCCCGCGUGGAGGUGCCCCCCCUCCGGGUGCGCAGCCUCUGGAGGUGGCCCCCGCCACCCCCCGCGAUCCACGUGCGGUCCGCCUGGUCUGGAUAUGUCUAGGAUUGAACCAUCAAUUGAAUCAGGCUAGCCAUUGGGAAACAUCAGGAUUCUCCACGAAUGGUUGGUUAGACAAAAUACGGGACGUGGUUCUGUCAGAAAGUUCGGCAUAAUAGUAUCGCUGAGUGGCCUGGAUUUCCACCCCUCUGCAGAGAUCAUGCUACCAGGAGUCAGUAAAGCAGGUUCUGCUGCUGGGGAUCUGGGCCUGUGAAAGGAGAAGCAACAGUCCCAAGACCAUGGCCAGGCGGGUUGCACACUCCAUAGAGUACGGUGGAAUAACCCUCCCCGCUCUGGUGCACAGUGAAGACAGCGUUCGUUAUGCCCAUCGGAGCUUCCAGGUGCAAGACAGCGACGUCUUCAACAUCACGUAUCCAAAAUCUGGAACAACUUGGAUGAAGGAAAUCCUCACCUUGAUCCACAGCAAUGGGGAUCCCACUCUCUCACGGUCAUUACCCUGCUGGGAACGGGUACCCUGGAUCGAACAGGUCACAGCGGUGAAAUACCUGGAGAACCAAACGUGCCCCCGCCUCAUAACCUCUCACUUACCCGCAGCAAUCUUUCCAGAAUCGUUCUUCACCUCACAGGCUAAGGCCAUUUACACCGUCCGCGACCCCAAGGACGUCUGUGUCUCGCUCUUUUACUACACCAAGAUGGCUUCAUUUCUGGAGCACGAGGAGGAUUUUGGGGAAUUCAUCAGGAAGUUUGUUUCAGGGGAAGUUCUCUUUGGCUCCUGGUUUGAUCAUGUCAAGAGCUGGCUGGCCUACAAAGACCAGGCAAACUUUCUCCUUCUGACCUAUGAUGAAUUGCUGAAGGACUUACGGGGCAGCGUUCUCCGCAUCUGCCAGUUCCUGGGCAAGGACUUAGAUGUGCCUGCUGUUGACUCGGUGGUGGAGAAUGCCUCUUUUGAAGCCAUGAAGGGAAACAAGAUGGUGAACUAUAGCCUCGUCCCUGAGGAUAUUAUGAACCAAAAGAUCAGCCCCUUCCUCAGGAAAGGGAUUUCUGGAGAUUGGAAAAAUCAUUUCACUUCAGAGCAGAGUGCUGCAUUCCAUCAUCUCUACCAGGAGAAGAUGAAAGACACAGGGAUCAGAUUUCCUUGGGAUGAAAUCCAAACUGAAAUCCACCAGGAACCUUAAGGUUUCAGAGAGGAAAACGUUAGGUGCAGAAUUUCCCCUGUUCUAGCGUCCUUAUACACCAGCCUUUGUUAUGAGAACCAGCUUACUCUUUUUAACACAAAAGCUACCAUUCACUUCUCACAUAAUAUAGGAGUCUCAGCUAUCAGCACUACUGAGGAUUCCAGUGCAGGUUUAUGCUUUGAGCAAUGAACAGUAGGAGCUCUUCACUCCGAUAGAAAGCAGAGGGCUGGCUUGUACAACUGGAAGAAUUAAAGUUUUCUUGGAUUGUAUCAUAUCAAGCUGCAGUGGUGGUGGUGAUGUUGUGUGUCUGAGUCAUCCCCCACAAAAAAAAAAAACUGCUUCCUGCAUUUAGAAAGCUAGCCUUUCAGGGACAAAGGGUCAGACCUUUCCUUUUCCCCCAUACAUGCUAGAUUUUCUUCCCCAGGCAAGGAGUUCUCUUGUGUUCUUUUGCUGCUGUGUCACAAUAAUCCUGUGCCUCUCUUUACUACAAAAGAAAAUUUGUUUUUGCCAGUUUUGUCCGCCUUUCCUCUUGCAGGUGACUUUUGCUUUAUUUGCAGUCGCGACUGGUUAUAAAAUUUUGCCUCCCCAAACUAAUAAAGCAGCAAUAGCCGUCCCGAUUGUCCACUA